AUGGGGGCCCAGAACCCCAACGCCACCUUCGGGGAGGUCUCCAAGAUCGUGGCCUCCAUGUGGGACAGCCUCGGGGAGGAGCAGAAACAGGUUCGGGUCAUCAUUGGGGUCAUGGGGGCCCAGAACCCCAACGCCACCUUCGGGGAGGUCUCCAAGAUCGUGGCCUCCAUGUGGGACAGCCUCGGGGAGGAGCAGAAACAGGUCCGGGGGGGGUACUGGGAGAUCAUUGGGAGCAGCACUGGGAGCACUGGGAGCGGCACUGGAGGUACUGGGAGUGGCACUGGGGUCAUCAUUGGGGUCAUCAUUGGGGUCAUGGGGGCCCAGAACCCCAACGCCACCUUCGGGGAGGUCUCCAAGAUCGUGGCCUCCAUGUGGGACAGCCUCGGGGAGGAGCAGAAACAGGUGUACAAGAGGAAGACGGAGGCAGCCAAGAAGGAAUACCUGAAGGCCCUGGCUGCCUACCGCGCUGUGCUGGCCAUGCAGCAUCCGGUCCCCGUUGCCACGGCGUCCGCGGUUGCCACGGCGACGGCGCCCCCCCCCCGCCUGCGCCUCACGUUGCCCGUGGCAACGCCAGCGCCGGGGACCCCCCCCCUGCACAUCAAGAUCCUGCCCCCCCUCCGCGUGCUGGCGGCGCCGGUGGUGACGUCAUCAUCGGCAUCGGCACCAGAGGAGGAGGAGGAGGAAGAGGAGGAGGUGGUGGAGAUGGUGGGGGGGGAGUUUGGUGGAGAGGCCGAGUCCCCCCCGGGCCUGGCCGUGGAGCUGGUACCCGAGGACCCCCCCCCCGCACGCUGCAUCCGGGCGGGAUGCGGGAACGCGCCCGUGGCCAGCGGGGACUGGGAUGAGGAAUACUGCAGCAGCGAGUGCGUGGUCAGGCACUGCCGGGACGUGUUCCUGGCCUGGCUCGCCGCCCGCAACGCCGGCCCCAACAGCGUCGUCUUCGUCAAGUGAGCCCCUCCCCCACCCCCCCCAUGGGCACUCAUGG